GUAUUCGUAUUAGUAAUUCAGUCGUCUUGCGCAAAGGCUUCGUUAUAAGUAUGAAAGGAACUGAGCGCAUGUUUUUUUCAUAAUAACACCACAAACAUGAGUGAGGUGCGAUCGUGUGUAUAUUUUUUGGUGAUUUGUCUGUGUGUACAAAUAUCUGUCGCUAAGCCCUUCUUCGGAACUCGGUUUUGGUGCGAUUUACUAUGCGAAGAAGAUGAUGGUUUUACAACAACUGCUAGCUAUGAGGAUUACUACGACGCGUUUUGUAACGACUGCCCACCCACAAGACGACCCACCACUCCAACAACUAUGAUGCCACCAGCCAAUAUGCCACCAGGUGCACCCAACCCUGGUGCACCUGGAAUGGGACCAGGCCAGCCACCCGUAAUAAUGAUGCCACCCAACCAAGGUGGAAUGAGCGUCAACAUGGUACCGGAUCCGAAUCGAGUUAACGGAUGGACGUUCAAUUUUAUGCCGUGGAAUCCACAAGGGCAGUCGGCUACUCCUGCUCCAAUGAUGCCGCCGGGACCAGCAGCCGCUGGUACAAAUCCUGAGCCAGUGACAGUGGCUGCUCCACCGGCCGCUACUACUGCAGCUCCUGCUACAACUGCCGCUCCUGCAACAACUGCCGCCCCUGCCGCUCCAGGUGCAGCCCCCGCCGCCCCAGGUGCAGCCCCCGCCGCCCCAGGUGCAGCCCCCGCCGCCCCAGGUGCAGCCCCCGCCGCCCCAGGUGCAGCCCCCGCCGCUCCCGCUCCAGCCGCUGACGCCCCACCAGCAGCCCCCGCCGCACCACCAGCCAGGAAAUAAUUAAUCUCAUAAGUCAAGAUUGUGCCUUUCUUAGCUCAUAAGAUUUGCUUCAGUCAUUACAAUGAUUGAAGGGUUCGUUAAAGUAUUGUCAUUAGUCAUUUUGAAGUCAUCUGUGUUGUAGUGGGGAUGUGGAAUUAUUGAGGAUUCUCUCAAAUUCAAGGGAAAAUCAAUCAACGAUUUUCCUUUAUACAAUUUCAAUGAUUUCACAUCACCAAACAGAAGACUCCAAAUUGAUGAAGUAGAUAGUAGAAUUAAAUAAGAAGAAUAAUAUUUAUGGCCCUAAGCUUUUUGUGUACGAGGAUCGAUUAGUUUUAAGGAUAAUAAGAAGUCAAAUAAAUAGUAUUAAAGGUUCAGAUACGGUA